AUACUAGAUGAUUUCUAUUUUCAGUCUCGGCCAAAAGAACUCUUCAGGAAUAUUUUAACCGGCCUCUCAGAGCCCACUCGUUAUGAAGAUGUCUGUCACUGCUAAGCCUAGUAGUUUUAGUGUAAAAGACAUUUUAGACUUACCAGAAGUGAAACAGACGUCCAGUCCGGUUCGUAGCGGAGGUUCUUUGGUUUCCAGCCUCGGCUCCUCGGCACCCGUCGCUCUGGACACGAGUAUACCAGAGGCCAGCUUUUCCUACCCCUCCUUCUGCUACAACGGAAUAUGCGCAGACAGUCCGUACGUUAGGUGGUUAUCGAGCGCUGAAGUAUUAUCUUCAUAUACGUCUUUAGGAUUAGGUCAGCUAGGUCUAGAAUCUGUCACCUCCUCUUCAUCUGCACCACAUCUCAGUCAUCCGGACCAUUCGAUCAUGUCCUCGACAGAGGCCCCAGUUGGUACCGUGUCACCGCAUAAGGCCUCCUCGGCUCUCGUUCCGCACACUGUAGCCGGCAAAGGAUCAGCUUCAGUACUGGAAAGGCUGGGCCAAGCAGGUGUUCCGACCGAUAAUGACGAUGUUUCUACCAGGUUAAGCGUAUCUCCGACAAUUAGUGAAGCCUAUACAACGCAGGCCGUCGCUGAGGAGUCGGAAAGUGAGUUUGGCGGAGCAGCUUCCGACAUUUCCAGGUGUAACAGCGUUGAUAUUCAGUCUGAGAGCAACCAAGGUCUGAGUUCGGAGUCUCUAGCAGUCACAGAAGUUUCCACUGACAAUGCUACCGGUGAUAAGAAAACUGACAAUACCGAACACUCAUCAGAUCAGCCUCCAAAAAAACGUAAACGUCGCGUUCUAUUCUCAAAAGCGCAGACGUACGAGUUGGAAAGGAGAUUUCGACAGCAACGGUAUCUAUCAGCACCCGAGAGGGAACACCUUGCUAGCAUCAUUCGUCUGACUCCUACACAGGUAAAGAUUUGGUUCCAAAACCAUCGCUACAAAACAAAGAGAGCGAGACAAGAAAAAGGACUGGACACGCAUCCUCUUCCUUCUCCACGCCGCGUCGCUGUGCCUGUUCUCGUUCGGGACGGGAAGCCCUGCCAGCCGCCGAUGGGCAGCGGCUUGGUGAAGACUGACUCGACAACACAAGCCAUCCAACCUGGGAUGAGUCUUUGUCUGUCUCCUGCCGAGUUGACGUCCAUGGCAAACAUGGCAGCCACGGGGAUGGGUACUUUCAACAUGAACAUGAUACCGACUUACACACAUCCUCUGAUUCAUCAAGCACGAUGGUGGUGAUGCUGGAUGUCGCUCACAAGUCCCCGAGUAGUGCCUUAAAGAUCCGAACAGAUCUAGACUCUGCGUGUCAGCAGACUUGCAACUCUGGAACUAUCACUGAAUCGGGCUUCUUUAGCCGGGCGUUAAUUUUUAAAAAACUAACCUCCAGAAGAUGGUUAAUCGUGGAAUUUUGUUAACUUUUCGAUUACUUGAAAGAUAACCUUAUCAGAGUGAUCGGCACGUAAUCUUAUAGGUCCUGAAGAUUAAACUAUGUUUCGUAUGCCCGAGGAAGGCACUUCAGUAAAGUGAAUCUCAAUAGCAAAUUGAGAAUUUUUUACAGUCCAGCGUGACGCUGCAGUAAUUCACAAAUUCCAUCUUCAAGAAACUCUAAAAACUCACAAGUCUAGUACUCGAAAAAAAAAACCGUCACGAACAAAGUUAUAUGUAAUGAUGGAGUAUUAAGAGCCAAUAUUAGCGCUCUCUUUUCUAAACCUGAAAUGGUUGUGUUGUUUCUCAAAUUGCUAUUUACUUGCAACGGCAUGGUGAAGAUGAACAAUUAACUUUUGGCCUCUGUAAACAAUGUUGUAGAAAUUACCUGUAUUUGUCAAGUUUGCUAUUCAGUUUUAAACUAGUAAUUUCUUUAAGGAAGAUUAAAUUUGAACUUAAAUGUUUGACCUCCUGUAUAAACACAAAUAUGAUAAAAAAAACUUUAAUGUGUUAUGAUAGUAGACUUUGAGAGAAGCAGAAAGUAAUGUGACAUAAGAAUUCCACUGUUACAGAGCUGGGGUUUAGAGAGAAACUUUGCUUUCAUUGCUUGUGGAAUGGGUUUUGUAACGUACACCCUUUCGGCAUCAGGUUAUAUCAAUAAGA